AUAUAACUUACCUUUUGCUGAGCAUUGAAACCUUCUCAGCCUCAGGCUUGACAAAAGUCUAGAAUUCCCGUUGUGUGAGCAUGUCACCGUCUGCUAUCCCGGACUCGCCCAACUUGUCAGCCAACGACUCGUCCUCGGGUGCCGAAGAUUACGCGGUUCAACGUCCCGGUAACGACUUCAAUGGCUACGACCAUAUAACGUGGUGGGUGGGCAAUGCCAAACAGGCAGCUGCCUUCUACAAGACGAAUUUCGGCUUCAAGACCAUCGCGUACCGAGGCCUCGAGACGGGGAGCCGGUUCAUCGCUUCAUACGUCGUUGCCAACGGCGACGUGCGCUUCGUUCUCACAUCCCCCAUCCGCUCAUGGAAACACCUGCCUGAGGACGAGCCCAUCUCCCAAGAGGACAGGGACCUGCUCCACGAGAUUUACGAGCACCUGGAGAAGCACGGCGACGCUGUCAAGGACGUGGCCUUUGAGGUCGACAGCGUCGAUGGUGUAUAUGACAAGGCCGUCGCCGAGGGCGCCGACUCGGUGCAGCCGCCGAAGACGUUCCAGGACAAGCAGCACGGCAGCGUCCGGACCGCCGUGAUCCGCACCUAUGGCGACACCACCCACACGCUAAUCUCGCGUGGCCAGUACCGCGGGCCCUUCCUCCCGGGGUUUCGCGCCGCCGUCGGCAGCACGACGGCGACCAAGGCGAACAUCAACCUAGCGCAGGAGCAGCUGCCCACCGUCGCGCUGCAGCGCAUCGACCACUGCGUCGGCAACCAGGACUGGAACGAGAUGGUGUCGGCGUGCGCCUUCUACGAGCAGUGCCUCUCGUUCCACCGGUUCUGGUCCGUCGACGACAGCCAGAUCUGCACCGACUUCUCGGCGCUCAGCAGCAUCGUCAUGGCGAGCGCUAACAAUGUGGUCAAGAUGCCUAUCAACGAGCCCGCGCCGGGCAAGAAGCGCUCGCAGAUCGAGGAGUACAUCCUCUACAACGCCGGCGCCGGUGUGCAGCACAUUGCGCUGCUGACCGCCGACAUCGUGGCCGCCGUCGCCGCCCUGCGCGCUCGCGGCGUCGAGUUCAUCGCCGUGCCCGCCACCUACUACGCCGCCAUGCGCGCGCGCCUGCGCCGCCCCGACGCCGCCGCCCGCGCCUGGUCCCUGCGCGACGACCUCUUCGACACCCUCGAGCGCCUCAACAUCCUCAUCGACUACGACGACAACGGCUACCUGCUGCAGCUCUUCACCAAGCCGCUCAUGGACCGCCCUACUGUCUUUGUCGAGAUCAUCCAGCGCAACAACUUUGACGGCUUCGGCGCCGGCAACUUCAAGAGCCUGUUCGAGGCCAUUGAGCGCGAGCAGGCCGAGCGCGGGAAUCUCUAGCGCUCUCCUUUGGCACCCUUUUUUUUUUUUUGUGGCUUUCAUUGUUUU